AUGCUAACGUUUUCCAAACUUUUUUUUAUUUUUAGCGCUUUUUGCGUUUUCUGGACAAUAGUAAGUGCCGUUAUUAUUUGACUUAGCUUGUAAAUAGACCCGUAAUAUAAUAAAAGUGCAGGCCCAGUUUUUUGGUUUUUUUGGGCUUUUGGGUCUAUGUAUCCCAAUAAUAAGAUUAACAACUUUUAUAGUACACAAAAAUUAUUCUUACGCAAAUAUAAUAGUUUUGACAUCAGAUUCGUUUUCAACUGUUUGCAAGUUAAAUCUUUUGCUGCGGGACCUAAGCUGGACCACUGGGGCUUUCAUUUAGGCUUGGAUCUCGAGCCUAGCCUUUUUCAGAUUGGUUUUUGCUUGCCAUUCUCUGCGUUGCUUUGGGUGGCUCAUGGCUAGCCAAGCCUAGUGGACCUUUUCAAAGUUACUUAUAAAAAUGAGUAGUCAUGAAAAAUAUUUUCAGCUAUUGGUUUACCAAAACUACUCUAGUAAAUAUAGAAAUGACCCGAACAAUGAUGUUAUGGAGCUUUUUGUGGGUUCGGCUCAUUUGGUCAAUUUUGAUUUGUAAAUUUUUACAACUUUAUAGUUUUUUUAUUUGAGAUAGCAAUUCAUAAUUUUUUUUAAUUAUAAUGGCAAUAACUUUUCUAAAAAUUUAGUCCGAACAACCCCAAUACGGUAUUGCUGAGCGUGAUGGCACAAGACACAAACGAUUCGCGGCCUAGAACACAGGAGCACAUGCCAUUGUCUUGUGUAAGCGAUAGUAAUGAAAAAGUGAAUGCCAAGUUUGCCUUCACUGACGGCGGGUAUUUAUGUUCCUGGAAGAACUAUGAAAUCAUAUGUAAUUUCAACCAGCCGGUUGAGAGUGUUCGACUGGUGGAUGAGAGUGGGUAUGGGCCUACUGUAAGUUACACAUGGUAAUUUUUUUUUGGUUUCUUGCCAGCCCUAGCUUCAAACAUUUGCUUUGAAGGCACAGAAUUAUUUUAAAAACUUAAUAUAAUUAAUCAUUUUAGAUACCUGUAGCGAAACCUGUAACCAGAAAGAUACCAUUAGUGGCGUGCUUAUCGAGAACGUUCUAUUUUGAUAAUUGGCCUGUACUAUUAACAGCAUUGGAAAUGUACGCAGCCUCGGGAGUAAACGAGUUCGAUUUGCGAAUUAUGAAUAUUAUCAAAGAGAUCUAUGACAUUCUCAAGCUGUACGAAACCAAAAUAAACCUAAACGUGGAACCCGGACUUGUCAUACCUAAAAUUGUAAGUUAAAAUACAGAUUCCGCGUCAUUUUAAGGCUGGCUAUGAUCCCAACGUGAGAACGGCGGCGAUAAACCAAAGGAUGUGCUAUAAUGAGUGUUUUUACAAAUAUCGUGAAGCUGCUGAGUUUAUUUUAUUUGCUGAUCUAGACGAUGUGAUAUUUGCGACGACUGGAAAUCUGCUUGUCGCAGCUAGGCAAUAUCAUUCUCUGCAUCCUGAAGUAGCGGGAUUCGAGUUUCUUUGGAGGAAUGCUGAGUACAAUAAAGGUAAAUUAUGUGUUAUAGGGUGUGUUGCAGUUUUAUUUGUAGGGUAAGUAAAGCUGCUGAGGCUAGACCUAAAGAAGCGCCCAGUGUUUUGCCCGGACCGGUCCGGAGCGUUUUUCACCGGUCCGGUCCGGCGAUUUUUUGGGCCCGGUCCGGUCCGCAAAAAAAAUUUUUUAAUUUUUAAAAAAAAGCAAGGACCGCUAAAACUGCUUUCGUUUUGCUUAAAAACUCCUAAAAAUAUGUUUUAUUUGCAAUUUUUAAAACAGUUUUCUUAAAAUAAAAAAAAAUUUUCUUCCGGACCGGUCCGGAGCUUUUUCUUCGGUCUGGGUCCGCAGGUUUUUGGGUCCGGUCCGGUCCGCAAAAAUUUCUGUUUCGGUCCGUCCGGUCCGGUCCGGCAAAACACUGGAAGCGCCUACUUGACUCGACCCGGCUCGUUUAGGAAUCUAAAUUUUUUGAAAUCAGGAUAUAACUUUCUUAAAGCGCAAUUAAAAAAAAAUAAAAAAAUAUUUUUUUAAAAAGCAGUAUAGUAGCUCUUAACUUUUUGAACAAUAUAAUAUAAGCUUUAAUUUAGUUUCAUCUACAUCCUCCUUCUCUCUGGACGACAUAUUUAACGGCCUUGAACUAGAGAAGCAUCAAGACGUUGGGAAGUCGAUUGUAAUUCCAAAAAAACUGCCAUUUUCUACCCUACAUUUUGUGCGUGGAAUGCAGUACAAAGGUGUAGCGUUGCAGAGUAUGAACGUGACCGAGAAGGAUGGUUUUACCCUUCAUUUGCGGAAUAUCCGUUCUGAACCAAUAAGAAAAAGCCAAUAUCCUGAGGAAAUGAAGUUUUUCAUGACAACAGUUUCGACCAACUUCUUGAAACGUAAGAAUGACAGCGAUUUUAAAAAGGCUUUGGAGAAUCUACCUCAAGAUCCCUUCUUUGCUCCACAACUAAGGGCGUGUAAGAACAAGAUAUACGACAACCUAGCUGUUGGCAUAUCCGAAUGUCACAGUCUUCAAAAUUGUGACAUCGACUUUACUAACGGCCCUAAGUGUUUAGCCAUCUCAGCUGACUACAUUAAACAUAGUUAUAGGAAGUUGAAUGUCUAUUCGUAUAGCAACCGACAAAUUGCCCACAAAGAAAGCUGUAAAUUUGAGUUACCAGAACCGGUACAAGUGCAUCGAUACUCAUUUUUAA